AUGGCCGACUUAAGUACAUUGUUGCAACAGAGGUCACAGAUAGAAAUUACGUUUGACAUUAUAUUUAAAUAUGUUACUAGCUUUAAAGGCGACAAUAUUGCCGGUUUAAAUAUACGCAAACAGAAAUUACUAGAAAUGUUUCAUCGGAUCGAGGAAAUAUAUGUUGAAUUAGAAUUGCUCGAGCCCAAAAAGUACUCAGUAGAAUUCCGCAAAUAUUGUGAGAAACAUUUAGAUUUAUUGACUAGGAUUGACGAAUUAGUCCAAGAUAACGCCGUUGAUAACAAACAAGCUAUUGAUAAUAUAAUAAAACCCAAUAAUCCGCAGGUUAAAUUACCUGACAUAGUAUUGCCGAGGUUCAAUGACGAAUAUAAUUCAUGGGUUGAGUUCAAAGACAUUUUCAUUUCAUUAAUACAUAACAACAAAAAUUUAACAGAUGUAGAAAAGUUGUAUUAUCUAAAAGGUUCAUUGUCGUCUGGCCCGUCUAAAUUGAUAGCGAAUUUAACCAUGACAAACCAAAACUAUGCCAUAGCUUGGAAUUCAUUGACACAGCAUUAUGAUAAUAAACUUUUCAUUAUUAAUGCACAUUUGUCAUCAUUAUUUAAUUUACCAAAUUUAACUAGAGAUACGUUUGAACAUUUAAAUUCAUUUUUAAAUACUGCUCGACAACAGGUGCUAUCACUGAAAUCAGUCUAUAAUGACGCUAAGUAUUGGGAUUUAGUCUUUAUAUUUUUAUUCACAAAAAAGUUAGACGAUAAAACCUGCUUGGCAUGGAAUUUACAUAGGAAUACAGAUUUGCCUACUUUAGAACAAUUUUUUGAAUUUUUAACAUCACGUAUUUCAGCCUUGGAGGCGACUUUUAGAUUAGAACCUUCUAGUAGUAAAUCAAAAUUUAAUUCAAAACCCGUUAAUUUCAUUAGUAAACAAAAAUCCAAGCGAAUUUGUCCAUUUUGCAAACGAAAUCAUCCAUUAUUUAGUUGUGACGCAUUCAAAAAAUUGUCUGUACAAGAACGCAAGAAAUUUGCAAAUAAAAAUAAUUGUUGUGAGAAAUGUUUAGAUGGUUUUCAUGCCUUAUCAAGUUGCAAGUAUACAGGUACAUGUAGGAUAUGUAAAUCCGAAUUGCAUAAUACUUUGUUACACAUUGCACAAAAUGAUCAGAUUAGUUAUCAAGUAGAUAAGCCUUCUGAUAAGCCACCGACGAUUUUGUUAGCUAAUUGUAAAAAUAACAUUCAAACUUUGUUAUCUACUGCCAUUGUAAGGGUUUAUGAUUCAUUUGGUAGAUCAUUCAAUGUACGGGCAUUAUUAGAUGGCGGUAGUCAAAUAAAUAUUAUUUCGGAGUCACUUGCCGACCGGUUAAAUUGCACUCUAAAUACAGUAUCAAAUUCUUUAAGUGUUUUACAUGGACAUUCGUUAUUUAGUAAUAAAACAGCUACUAUAAAAAUAUUUUCAAAUGCUUCUACGUUUUCUAGAACCUUAGAUUUUGUUGUUUUAAAAUCAAUCACUAGUAAUUUGCCGUCCGCUGAUAUUAAUAUAAACGAUUGGAAUAUUCCCUCACACAUUAAAUUAGCAGAUCCUCAUUUUUAUAUUUCAAGCCCUAUAGAUAUGUUGAUAGGAGCUGAACUCUUCUUCGACAUUCUACAGCAGGGUUCUAUUAGGUUAGGAAGUUAUCACCCGAUUUUACGUAACUCUAAGUUUGGAUGGAUUGUUUCGGGCAAUUACAAUAGUGUUGAAAGGUCUAAGGAAUAUGUAGGUUUGAUAACACAUUCUAAUUUUAAAUUAAAUGAGAAUUUAGUUAAAUUCUGGAAUUUGGAGGAAAUACCUGAGACAAAUAUGCGCCUUUAUGGUUUAAAUAAAAUUUGUGAAGAGCAGUUUCUAUCUAGUGUUUCUAGAAUUAAUAAUAGGUUUGAAGUUGCCUUGCCCUUUACACCAGAUUAUAAAGGACAAUUAGGUCAUUCAUAUGGUGUUGCACAUAAAAGAUUUCUUUAUUUAGAAAAGCGUUUUUACAAGAAUCCCAAUUUAUAUAAACUAUAUUGUGAGUUUAUUCAUGAAUAUAUUUCUUUGGGGCACGCCGUUCAAACUGAUAUUCCAAAAUCGGACACUUUAGAUACCUUUGAUUCUUUUACCAGUCAUAAUCAUUAUUAUAUGCCACAUCAUGCUGUUUUUAAAAAUUCAGAUUCUAAUAAAAUACGCGUUGUUUUUGACGCAUCGACUAAAACUUCGUCGGGAAAGUCUCUUAACGACAUCCUUCUAACUGGUCCAAAAUUACAGAAGGAUUUAUUUUGUAUUUUGUUAAGAUUUAGAUCGAAGCCUUUUGUUUUCAUAGCUGAUUUAAUUAAAAUGUUUAGACAAAUAAAUAUUAAAAGAGCCGAUCAGGAGUAUCAAAGGAUUCUUUGGAGGGACUCUCCUUCGGAAGAAAUAAGAUGUUACAGACUUACAACUGUAACUUACGGAACGGCUUCAGCUCCGUAUCUUGCGAUAAGAUGUUUGAAUCAUUUAGCCUUUGAAGAAAAAGCCACAUUCCCGAUUGCUUCACAUGUACUUUUAGAGGACAUUUAUGUCGACGACAUAAUUACUGGUGCUAAUAGUAUAGAACAUUUACAGCGUACUAAAAUUGAAUUAAUUAAUAUUCAACUUCAUGGUUUUGCUGAUGCGUCUUCAUAUGCUUAUGGAGCAUGCUUUUAUGUUAAAACCGCAUAUGAAGAUAAAACUACGAGUGUGAAAUUACUGUGUGCGAAAUCAAAAGUUGCACCUUUAAAACCGAUAACUUUAGCGAGGUUGGAAUUGUGUGCUGCUUUAUUAUUGGCUAGGUUGUUCAGAAGGGUGAUUGAUAACGUUGAUAUAAAUUUUGAAAAGGUUUUACUUUGGAGUGACUCGAACAUUGUCUUAUCAUGGAUCGCUGGCGAUCCAAAUAGAUGGCAUAUUUUUGUGAGCAAUAGAGUAGGAGAAAUUACUGACAUUACUCCCGGCACAAUCUGGAGACAUGUGCCUUCUGAUUUCAACCCAGCAGAUCUAAUUUCACGAGGCUUAUCCGCAGAUCAAUUAAAAACUUGUGAGCUAUGGUGGAAUGGCCCAAGUUGGUUGUCUGAGGAUACUGAUAGGUGGCCAAAUGUUGAUCCUUCUUUAGAUGCUGCUCUACCCGAACGCUAA